GUGUUGUUGGAGCUGAAUGACGUGUAGGUGAAAAUGUAAAAUACAUAAAUAUUUUUUAAAGAAAACAUUAAAAAACCAAGGAAAAAUGGCUCUGCCAGGAAACGGAAUAUUUGUCGUCAAAGGCGAAAUGACGAUCUUAAUAACUGCCAUUAAAAGAGGAGUAAAAUGGACUCUCACGAGAUGUGUAGAUGAUGAAACUGACUCCCUUAUGAAGAGUUUUCAAGAACUUAAGGAUCAUCUAAACAGAAUAGAUGAUUUAAGGCUCAUUGAAGCCGACAUGUUCCUAUCACCUUUUCUUGAAGUUAUUCGCAGUGAGGACACUAGCGGUCCUGUUACUAGCCUUGCCCUGGCUGCCAUUAACAAGUUUUUGUCUUAUGGCUUAAUUGACCCAACUCAUAGCAAUGUACCACAAACAGUAUAUAAUAUAGCAGAUGCAGUAACACAUGCAAGGUUUAUUGGAACAGAUCAAUCUUCAGAUGGUGUAGUUUUAAUGAGAAUUCUGCAGGUGUUGAGGACACUGACAUUAGCCCCUGAGGGUGCCUCUUUGACCAAUGAAAGCCUUUGUGAGAUAAUGCUUAGUUGUUUUAGAAUUUGUUUUGAAACCAGAAUACAUGAGUUACUGAAGAAAACUGCAGAACAUUACUUAAAAGACAUGGUACAAUUAGUAUUCAUGAGGUUGCCUCAAUUUUCUGAUGACAUCAGCACAGUUAGAGUUAAACAAUUGAAAAUGAGAGCUGGAAUGGACCAGACUAGAACCAAAAAACGCAACAAACACUCUUUCAGAAAAAAAAGUAUUGAAGAUGAUAAAGAUGCAAGUGAAGAAUCUACUGCCAAAACUCAAAUUCCCAAACCUGUUACCCCAGUGGAGGUUACCUCUGCAGAAAAUAAUGUGGUUGAUAUGCAAGGCCAAAUAAUUCAAGAAAAUGUAGAACCUGUUUUGGAAAUUAACCCCCAGGAACCUGAAGAGCUUAAUCCAGAGAGCAUACAGCCCAGUUCUGAACCUAUUCCAACCAAUUCUGAAACUGUUACAACAGAAGGACAAGGAUAUGAAUCAAAAGAUUAUGUUAACCAACGAGGAAUCAGAUUUACACCUCAAAUGCAGGAUGACCUAAUUUUACUACCUUAUGGACUUGCUUGUGUGAGAGAGUUAUUUAGAUUUCUCAUAAGCUUAUGUAACCCAAACGACAAAGGCAACAGCGAAGUAAUGAUCCACUUGGGUUUGACUUUAUUAACGGUUGCAUUUGAAGUGGGGGCGGAUAGUAUCGGCAAACAUUCCACCUUAUUAGCAUUAGUUAAAGACGAUUUAUGUCGAAACUUGUUUUCUCUAUUAACUACUGAACGAAUAUCGAUUUUUGCGGCAGAUUUGCAGGUGUCCUUUUUAAUGUUCGAAUCUCUAAGGGGUCAUUUGAAGUUCCAAAUGGAAAAGUAUCUGACCAAACUUAUCGAAAUUGUGGUUAGUGAUAAUCAAAAGGUAACAUAUGAACAUAAGGAGGUUGCUCUAGAUAACAUCCUGAAUCUUUGGCGAAUUCCUGGAUUUGUAAAUGAGUUAUACCUAAAUUACGAUUGUGAUAUGUAUUGUACAAAUUUGUAUGAAGAUUUAACGAAAUUAUUGGCCAAAAAUGCUUUCUCUGCGACUAAUGGAGUGUGGCAUACACAUUUGCUAUCAUUAGAUGCACUUUUAACAGUUAUUGAAGGUAUAGAAAUGCACUGUACAGAGCUAAAAUCACUAAUCAGCGAUGCUCCGGUGGAAGCCCGUACCAUUAGUGAAAGUAGUGAUCCAGUUGAGAAUAUUGGGAAUCUUAUUGGAAAAAACCAUUCCAGAAUUAAGUAUACCAAUACAGUUCCAGACCUUGAUAGUUUACUUGCGAAGAAAAAUAUUAAAAAAUGGCUUCCUCAGGGAACAGAACACUUUAACACAAAACCAAAGAAGGGCAUACAGUUUUUUCAAGAACAUGGCGUUUUAAAACCUGAACUGGAUGUAAAUGAAGUGGCAAUAUUUUUGAGGGAAAAUCCGGCAUUGGAUAAAAAGAUGAUUGGUGAAUAUGUCAGUAACAGAUCGAACCUGAACAUAUUAGAAGCCUACGUGAAAACUUUUAACUUCAAUAAUGUGAGGAUUGAUGAAGCGUUACGAAGUUUCCUUGAAGCAUUUAGGUUACCAGGAGAGGCUCCGACCAUAUCGUUAAUUUUGGAACAAUUUGCUGAACAUUGGCAUAAAAGUAAUAAUGAACCAUUUGCGGAUGUAGACUCAGCAUUUACGCUAGCAUAUGCAAUAAUCAUGCUAAAUGUUGAUCAGCAUAAUCAAAAUGCUAAAAAACAGACCGUUCCGAUGUCCGAUUCAGCCUUUAAGAAAAAUUUACAGGGAGUAAAUGGAGGUGGAGAUUUUGACGAGAGCAUGCUGAAUGAAAUUUAUGCUGCUAUCAAAAACGACGAAAUCGUAAUGCCGUCAGAACAUGGUGGCUUAAUAAGAGAAAAUUACCUUUGGAAAGUUUUGUUGCGCAAGGGAGCAUCAGAAAAAGGAGAAUACCUACAUAUACCACCUGGUACUUACGAUUCAGAACUCUUUCGAAUAAUUUACGGUCCUCUAGUAUCAGCUUUGUGUUUUAUUUACGAACAAUCCGAAGAAACUUCGACUUAUAAUCACGUUAUACGCGGUUUUGAAAAGUGUGCAUUAGUUUCCGCGCAUUUUGGAAUGACCAAAAACUUGGAUAUGCUUAUAGUCUCUUUGUGCAAGUUUACUGUUUUCUACAAUCAAAGGAGGCAAAAUAAUAUUAUGGUACUUCUGGGUUCAAAUCAAAAAGCCCAAUUGGCUCUUAAAACUGUGUUUAACUUAGCACAUUUGAAUGGGGAUAAUAUUAGGGAAGGAUGGAAACAUAUUUUUGAUUUAAUUUUAUCUCUGUACAGUAAUGAUUUAUUGCCAAAAUGUUAUAUAGAACCUGAAGAUUUUAUUGAUCAAAGUGGUAGAAUUGUCUUGGUUUAUGAAGAGACUGAAAACUUGCAAAAACAAGAGUCAGGUUUGUUUAGUUCUAUAUAUUCUUAUAUGGUAUCCGCAGAAAAUUUAUCGAAAAUCCCUACGCCUGAAGAACAGCUGUAUAUUGAGGCCGCGAAGGAAUGCAUUAAACAGUGUUAUUUAGAGCAAUUAAUAACCGACUCGAAGUUUUUACAUGAAGAAGCUCUUUUGGAACUUGUAAAAUCUUUGAUCGAACUAUCUAGAGGUCCCGAUGUACAAAAAAGCUUAGGCUACAACUACAAUGAGAACGUAACGGUAUUCUUUAUGGAAUUAUUGUUUAAGAUCGUCAUACAGAACAGGGACCGCGUUAUAACAAUUUGGCAACCCGUUCGAGAUCAUAUAUACACAAUAAUGAUGAACUCUUCAGUAUUCGACUAUCAAUUUCUACUAGAACGUUCGGUAAUCGGUCUUUUGAGGAUCGCAAUAAGACUGAUGAGGAAUGAGGAUAUGUGUCCUAUCGUUAUUCAAUCUUUGAGGAUGCUGCUGUUGUUAAAAAGUAGCACCUUGUGCAGAAUAUCAAAACAAAUUUCCUUUGGUUUAUACGAGUUGCUAAAAACGUCCGCCCAAAAUAUUCAUACCAGCGCGGAUUGGACUAUUAUUUUUACCCUCUUAGAAUGCGUUGGUGCCGGUGCUCACCCACCCAAACCCACUAUAACCGACCCGGAAAGCUCCAGUAAUGUUGUGGAUCAAGGUACAAAAUCUGAUGGUGAAAACCCCAUAAACAGUGAUGAAGAAAGUGUAGUCUCAGAUCGUGGUUACACUUCCGAUUCGGAACUAACUAAGAGCCCUAAACACGCUAAUCAACGGGCUCAGGACCAUUUGAUUACUUCUCCCGUGGGCACUCCUAAUACUGGUGGUUGGAUUUUGGUCGGAAACGAAGGCGAAAUACAACCGGUAAUUGGCAGAACAGUACCUCCCACCCAAUACGGAAUAGCCUUAGAGAGGCAUUUAGGCCCUCACGAUACAGUAAGUUUAAUCAAAUGCUGCGAAAGUUUAGCGUUUCUGGUGAGAGAUGUUGCGCAUAUAACUCCCUACAACUUUGACAUUUGCGUGCACUGUAUCCGUACAUUUGUGGAGGCCAGUUUGCAAGAAACAAAAAAAUCUAAGAAAACUUCUAAUAGCAACCUAGACGCCAAAGAUCUUAAAUCUAGACGAAAAACUAGUGGUAGGAAGAGGGUGAAUGUAAAAACUUCCAGAAGCCCCGCUACUAGUAGUCCGGACGAGGACAGUAGCGACGAUGAGUUUCCCAGCGGCUAUCAUCAUUUAUUAUUAGAUUUAAUGCAUACCCUACAUACAAGAACGGCUCAAAUAUUUAAAUGGUGGGCCGAAGAAGGAGGCGAAAUCGCCCAAGAGACUUCGCUAUGGACUCAGGGCUGGUGUCCCCUUUUACAGGGCAUCGCUCGUAUGUGUUGUGAUAGAAGAGAAGAGGUUCGUAUAAGCGCCAUAGCGUUCUUACAACGUGCUUUAUUAGUUCACGAUUUACAAACUUUAACCGGUCCAGAAUGGGAGCAGUGUUUCCAUAGAGUAUUAUUCCCGUUGCUCAAUUAUUUGCUACAGCCUUUGAGCCCAAAAGAACCAAUAGUUGUAGCUGAAUUUAGAAAUAGGGCUGCUACAGUAUUAUCUAAGGUAUUUUUACAUCAUCUUACUCCCCUUUUGUCCCUUUCAACAUUCCCACAUUUAUGGUCCAACAUAUUGGACUAUAUGGACCGUUAUAUGCACGCUGACAAAAGUGACAUUUUAUAUGAAGCGAUUCCAGAAUUGUUGAAAAAUAUGCUUUUGGUUAUGAAUUCUGCUAAAGUAUUUGACGGACCAGAUGGAAAGAACCAAUUGUGGCACGGAACGUGGGAUAGAAUAAGUAAAUUCUUACCAAAUAUGAAAGAAGAGCUUUUUAAAGAAUCUUCCCAGGAACAAAUGCCCGAAGAGAAAUCCCAAGAUCUGCCUUACCCAAAGCCAAUUAACCCGAUGCAACACAACAUCGAAAACUUAACUAGAUCAAGCAUAAUAUUGCAACCACCUGUAUCUCAGCAACAGGUCUCCUCCCACCUGUUUCAACACUUAGGCCAGAUGGUUUCUACACCAAUCGGGUCUUCUAAUUCUUCACCACUACCAAUUUCUCAACAACACACCAUAAUUUCUACUACUAACGCGGCUAUUUUACAGCCCACAUUGCAGCCUGGUAUGCCGUACAUGUCAAAUUUAUUGACUAAUAUAGGGGCUGUUAAUAAUACAAGCGGUAUUUCAUCCCAAGCUCAACAACACUCCUUUCCAGUUCUGUAUAACAGCCCCACCAUAAUUCCCAACACUACUGCUACAGAAGUACAACCCUUGUCACUGUAUGCUGAGUAUGUCGGCAACCCGUACAAUAUUCAAAGCGAUAAUAUGCCAAGACCUCAAGACGUGACAGAGCCUUCUACAGAAAAUCAUUUUGUAUCUUCAAGUCAUUCAGAAAUUAUUCCAGCAAAAGAAGAUUUAAUAUCAGCUUCCUCACCAGACGUCAUCACAAUUGACAGCAACGUGACGAAAGUAUCAGUCACUGAACAAGCAGUUGAUAAUUCAACGAACUAUUUUCAAUCGUCCAAUUAUUUUAGUAGUGGAGGUAACGGUCUUAUGCCUGUGGGAAGUGAAAUUUUAUAUGGUAUAGAUAGAAAUUUUGAAACUGUAGUUACCACUGAAGGUACUAGUGUUUGACAGACAGUAAUUGGGUAAAUAACAUUUGUGAUGCUUUUGUAUACUAUAUGUGUAAUAAAUUGUCUGAAUUGCUGGUCACUUGAAGAAGUGAAUCGGCUUCUACUAUAAAGGUGUCAAAUAUUUUAAAACAUGAUAUUAUUAUAUUUUGUUCUCUAUAAAUAUUUUAUAUUGUUUUUCUCUUUUUUAUUUAUUAUACAUAAAAUUAUCUUUUCAGCGUCAUUGUUAUUCAGAUCAAGAGUCUAUUUGUAUAAAACAUAAGUUAUCUCUUAAAAUUAUCUAUUUAAAUUUAAUAAAUAUAUAAGUAGGAUAUCG